AUGCUGCACCUGGCCACGGCCGGCAGCUUGGCUGCCUGGGCCGCCCGCAGCGCGCAGGCCGCCGAUGCGCAGGCGGCGGCCGCGGCAGCGGCGGCGGCGGGCGGCGGCGGCGGCAGCGAGCUGCUGGAGCGGCAGCUGGGGGAGCGCCUGUCGGAGUUCAGCCUGACCAAUGGCCUGCGCUUUCUGGUGUACGAGCGCCGCGCAAGCCCCCACGUGUCGUUUCACCUCUACGCCGGAGGUCGCCGCUUCGGAGAGGUGGACCGCAAGACCGGGUGGUCCUGGCGGUCGGGGCACCAGCCGGCUGUACUCGGGGCAGCCAAUGGUUGCACGGUGUACAGGUUGAUGAGGGGUUGCCCAUUUGCAGUUUUACUUACCCUGCCCUGGCCUGCCUCCCGCCUUGCUGGCCGCCACCGACCAGGCUUGGCGCACCUGCUGGAGCACAUGGCAUUCAAGGGCACGCCACGCGUGGGGACAACAGACUACAGGCACGAGGCGCCGCUGCUGGACUCUCUGGACGAAGUGUUCUACUCACUCAUGGAGGCGGGCAGCCCGCGGGAGCGAGCCCGCCUGCAGCAGCAGUUUGAGGCGCUGCAGAAGGAGGCCUCUGCACUCAGCAUCCCCAACGCCUAUGGAUCGCUGGUGUCACGGGAGGGAGGCGUGGGGCUGAACGCCGCAACCAGCCAUGAUGCCACCAAGUAUUUUGUGUCCCUUCCAGCCAACAAAGCCGAGCUGUGGUUUGCGCUGGAGAGCGAGCGCUUCCAGCAGCCCGUGUUCAGGGAGCUGUACAGCGAGAAGGAGGUGGUGCUGGAGGAGCGGCGGCUGCGGGUGGACAACUCGCCGCUGGGCCCCUUCUCCGAGCAGUUUGCGCUGCGCAGCUUCUCAAACAACUACCGCCGCCCCGUCAUCGGCUUCGCCGACGACAUCCAGCGCCUGGGGCGGCGAGAGGUGCAGGACUUCUUCCAGCGCCACUACGGGCCGCAGAGCCUCACCAUCGCUGUGGCCGGCGACGUGCGGCCCGGCGCCAUACGCCAGCUGGCAGAGCGCUACUUUGGCGCCUGGCGCCAGCCGCCCGGCAGCCAGCCACCCAGCACCUGCUCCGGCGGCGGGGUCGGGGAUGAGGCGCUGGCGGUGCCGCAGGUACCACGGGACCAGUGGCAGUACCAGGCGAGGUCCAAGGCGGGGCCUGCCGUGCUGCACGCCUACUUCCGGCCCUGCGUCCGCAGCCCCGACUCGGUGCCUCUAGACCUCGCCAGCGAUCUGCUGAGCGGCACGCGGUCCAGCCGCCUCUACCGCUCGCUGGUGCUGCCGGGCAUGGCGCUGGCCGCCAGCGCAUAUGCCAGCCUGCCCGCUGAGAAGCACCCCACGCACUUUGUGGUCUAUGGCAUCCCCACCAAGCAGAGCUCCCUAGAGCAGCUGGAUGCUGAGCUCAGUGCCGAGGUGGCGGCGCUGGCGGGGGAUGGGCCCACCCCGGAUGAGCUGCGGCGGUACAAGAAGUCUGCCAGGUUGGAGUUGCUGGGUGCGCUGAGCAGCAACAGCACAAUCGCAUCAGCGCUGUCCAGCUACCAGGUGCUGACAGGUGACUGGCGCAACGUGCUGGGCGACCUGCGGCGCAUCGAGGCGCUGGAGGCGGGCGAGGUGGCCGCGGUGGGUUCAGUGGCGGGCGUGGAGGCGGUAGGGGCGGCUUUGGAGGACGGGGAGGGUACAACAGACAACCGGAGGGACCCCCAGAGGGUGGUGGAGGCUGGCGAGUACAUGCACCCCUGCGAGGGGGAGAUGGUGUGCAAGCUGACCAACACCAUGAUCCCCUACUUCAACGCCCCCAUCUUCCUGGAGAACAAGACCCAGAUCGGCAAGGUGGACGAAAUCCUGGGGCAGAUCAACACAGUGUUCUUCACGGUCAAGGUGUCGGAUGGCGUGGUGGCCACCUCCUACAGCAAGGGAGACAAGUUCUUCAUCGACCCGCAGAAGCUGCUCCCGGUUGAGCGUUUCUUGCCGAGACCCAAAGGCGCCCCUGGUGCCGGCGGCCGCGGCGGCGGCCGCGGCGGCGGCCGCGGCGGCAGGGGCGGCGGCCGCGGGUUUGGCGGCGGCAGGGGCUUUGGGGGCGGCAGGGGCGGCGGCCGCGGCUUUGGCGGGCGCAGUCCAGGCGGCAGGGGCUUUGGUGGUGGCGGCAGGGGCUUUGCACCUGCUAUUGCCCACACCGCCAUGCCCGGCUCGACCCAGGCCAGCCAAUGCCAGAGGGCAGACUUGCUGGCGGUCGGUUACAUGUUGCACGGAUGCAGCAGGAGGUUCCUGUCUUCAACCCGGGCCUGCAACAAGGACGUCUGCGACGUGGUGCCAGAGCCCUCGCCACGGGACGGUUCUGGCUGUUCUGGAUGUCGGAGCAUGAGCGAGGCGGCUGCUGCCACUGGGCUGCUGCCACCGCCCGCCGCCACAGCUCACUGUUGCCGCCUCCUUGUCUCUUCACUAAAUCAGUGCGAGCUUUCUUUCAUCCUGCCCGGCCGCAGACCCCCGCCCUGCCCGAAAUUCAGCAACCGCUGGCUGUGCACGGUGCAGGGCUACAGGCUCAUGUUCUUUGGGGACUCGAUCACCGAGACCUGGGCUGGGACGGACCUCUGCUCGCCCUGCGAGCGGUGCCAAGGUGUGCCCGCCGUGUUUGCCAAGCACUACGCGAAGUACAAUGCCGGCGUCAUGGCGGUGGGCGGCGACCAGACGGCGCACCUCAUGUGGCGCCUGCAGCACGGCGAGGUGCCGCAGAAGCACAAGCCCAAGGUGGCGGUGCUGCUCAUUGGCACAAACGACUUGGGGGCGGCGGCCUGGGAGGCCACCGACGUGCACACCGCCGAGGAGGCCACGAUGCGGGCAGUGCCGGGCGUGACGCUCAGGGUGCUGAAAACGCUGCACACCAUGAAGGAUCUGCUGCCCGACACGCACGUCAUCCUGCUGGCGCUGCUCCCCCGAGGCGGGAACGGCCCCGGCGCCCGCUUCUUCCACUGGCCCUCUGUGUUCACCCAGCCUUUCGACAUGACCAACGCACAUUUUCGUGACUACACGCGGCUGGACGGGAAGCUGCACUUCCUCGACUGCGGCGAGCGCUUUCUGACCCCCGACCACCGCGCCAUCGAUGCGCGGCUCAUGCCAGACGCGCUGCACCCCAGCCCCGCCGGCUACGAGCUGCUGGCAGAGUGCCUGGACCCCCUCAUCACCCAGCUCAUGCAGCGCCCGGCGCUGAAGGCCUCGGCGGCGGAGGGCGGGCGCAGCGGCGGCCAGGGGGCGGACGCGAAGGAGGCGGCCGCAGCGGGGAGGGGUUGGAUAACCUUCUAUUCUUCCACCCCUGAUGGAGAGCACUCCCCUGCCCCCUAUAGUACUACCCCAUGCGCACUCUCUGACAAGUGUCGGUUAGCCAUGCCCAGAGACUCGUCAGCGGGCCCCGGCAUUGAUGUGGUGGCAGGCAUCGUGGUGGCCGGCCUGAUGGUCGCCAGAAUGACGUCUGGAAUGAUGGGCGGCGACGCGCUGGCCAUCCACCUGCACAGCCUGGCCAGGGCCGCCCUGGCCCCCACGCUCUUCCUGCUCAGCCGGCACCGCUACCAUCGGCACCGCGCAGCGCUGGCGCUGGCCACCCGCGCCGCGCUGGCGCUGUCCCUGUGCAUCCCGUAUGAAGCGGCCAUGCCCGCCGCCACCUCCCGGGCCCCCUGCGUCACCAACCCCGCCACCUUCCUCAUCUACACCUCCGCCCUCCCCUCCUUCUUUGUGAACUCUGGCUAUCCCGUCCCGCUGGGCACGCACUUUGUGCUGGCAUUUCUGCAGCACGUGGCCGCGCUGCCCAAGACGCUCAGCCGGUGCGUGGCGCCGGCACCGGCCAGCCCAGCACCCGGGUCCUUCCUGGCCCACUUCCCCGCCUCCCUCUUCUCCACCAUGCAAGACCUGCUGGACUGGCCCUUCCAUCUGGUCACGCCCCUGGAGCUGUGGAGGAGCCGGGGAGCCCUGUCCCCCACCGCCGCUUGCCUGGCCUGCUCGCUGUGGACCCAGGUGGUGGUGGGCGGCCUGCUGCCCGCCACGCUGCUGUGGGCCCAGCAGCGGCAAGCAGGGGGCGCGGGCAGGCGCGGCCGCACCACAAAGCUGCUCGACCGUGUGCUGGGCGAGCGGCCGCUGAUGAUGACGGCCUAUGCCGCCCAGCUGCUGUGGCUCAUUCUGCGCACCACGGUGGCCAACUUCGUGCCAUGA